UUCCGCUUGAGACGGCAGAGCUCCCGUGGAGCGCCGAGCGCUGCCAUAAACCCAGAAAGGGAGCCGGAGAGCGGGUAACGGAAGAAAGACGACGACUGUGUUGUCAAUGUUGUAACAAUGGAUUUAUCUAGUAUCGUGAAAAUGUAUAUUUUCCUCUACUGCAUAUCCUAUAGCGGAGGGCAGUAUGGAAAUCGCCUGAGCAAGUAUGUUAAACAUUUUGAAGGUCUGACGUAUGACACUAAUUUAUUGCAUCAGAGACAUACACGUGCCAAAAGGUCAACCUCCAUCCAUGACCAGUUUUUGCAUUUGGAUUUUCAUGCACAUGGCAGACAUUUCAAUAUUCGAAUGAGAAGGGACACUUCAGUCUUUACACAUGAUUUUAAAGUGGAAAUGGAAGGAGAGGUAAUGGAUUAUGACACAUCUCAUAUUUAUACUGGAGAAAUUUUUGGUGAGCAAGGAAGCAUGACUCAUGGCUCCAUAUUGGAUGGAAGGUUUGAAGGAUUCAUCCAAACGCCCCAGGGAACCUUUUAUGUGGAGCCAUCUGAGAGAUACUUAAAAGAAGAAAGUGCUCCUUUUCAUUCUGUAAUUUACCAUGAAGAUGAUAUUGAUUACCCCCAUAAAUAUGGACCAAAUGGAGGAUGUGCAGAUAGUUCAGUUUUUGAAAGGAUGAAGAAGUAUCAGAAAUCUGCAGUAGAGCCAAAGAAAGUAAAGAAUGCACCGAAUGCUGAACCAAAUGACAAAACUGACCCAGUUUUAUUGAGGAAACGCAGAGCAGCCUCUGCAGAAAAGAACACCUGUCAACUUUUUAUCCAAACAGAUCAUCUGUUCUACAAGCUUUAUGGCACCAGGGAAGCUGUUAUUGCACAGCUGUCCAGCCAUGUUAAAGCAAUUGACUCCAUUUAUCAAAGCACAGACUUCCAAGGGAUCCGAAAUAUCAGCUUUAUGGUGAAAAGGAUUAGAAUCAAUACAACAGUAGAUGAAAAGGACAGCACAAACCCUUUCAGAUUUGCCAACAUUGGGGUGGAAAAAUUUCUUGAGCUAAAUUCUGAACAAAAUCAUGAUGAUUAUUGCCUGGCCUAUGUUUUUACUGAUCGAGAUUUUGAUGAUGGUGUGCUUGGUCUUGCAUGGGUUGGAGCACCAGCAGGAAGCUCUGGAGGCAUCUGUGAAAAGAGCAAACUCUACUCAGAUGGCAAAAAGAAAUCCUUGAAUACUGGAAUCAUCACUGUUCAGAACUAUGCUUCCCAUGUGCCACCUAAAGUGUCUCACAUAACUUUUGCUCAUGAAGUUGGACAUAAUUUUGGUUCUCCACAUGAUUCUGGAUCUGACUGCACCCCAGGGGAGUCCAGUUCCCCACAAAAGGAAAGAGGAAAUUAUAUAAUGUAUGCCAGAGCAACCUCUGGGGACAAGCUGAACAAUAACAAGUUCUCUUCCUGUAGUAUUCGCAACAUUAGCCAAGUGCUGGAAAAGAAAAGGAACAAUUGCUUUGUAGAAUCCGGGCAACCAAUUUGUGGCAAUGGACUGGUAGAACCAGGCGAACAGUGUGACUGUGGUUAUAGUGACCAGUGCAAGGACGAGUGCUGUUAUGAUGCCAAUCAGGCAGAUCAUUUGAAAUGUAAGCUGCGAGAAGGAAAAGUGUGCAGCCCCAGCCAGGGUCCUUGUUGUGAAAAUAACUGUACUUUCAAAGGCAAUACAGAGAGCUGUAGAAAAGUUUCUGAUUGUGCUAAUGAAGGAAAGUGCAAUGGGAGACAGGCAUUAUGCCCUACAUCAGAACCAAAGAAGAAUUUCACAGAAUGCAACCAAGGGACUCAAGUCUGCAUUAAUGGGCAAUGUACUGGCUCAAUCUGUGAGAAAUUUGGUUUGGAAGAGUGCACCUGUGCCAGUUCUGAUGGAAAGGAUGACCGGGAGCUGUGCCAUGUCUGCUGCAAGGAGAAAUUUGAUAAAGCUGUUUGCAGCAGUACUGGAUCAGAUAAAUGGAACCACUUUUUUGGAGGCAAAACCAUCACCCUGCAGCCUGGCUCACCUUGCAAUGACUUCAAAGGCUAUUGUGAUGUAUUUAUGAAGUGUCGACUGGUUGAUGCUGAUGGUCCCCUGGCCCGACUAAAGAAAGCCAUCUUUAAUCCAGAGUUAUAUGAGAAUAUUGCAGAGUGGAUAGUUGGACAUUGGUGGGCAGUGCUGUUGAUGGGAAUUGCCCUCAUAAUGCUGAUGGCUGGCUUCAUCAAGAUAUGCAGUGUCCACACCCCAAGCAGCAAUCCAAAACUUCCUCCCCCAAAACCACUGCCAGGAACUCUGAAGAGGAGAAGACCUCAACAUGCCAAUCCUGCACCACAGCGCCAGCGGCAGACCAGAGAGAAUUAUCAGAUGGGGCAGAUGAGACGCUAACUGGAGCUUUUUGCCUUGGUUCUUCCUAGUGCCUACAGUGGGAAUACUUCACUCCAAAGAAAACCUGUAACAGUCAUCGUCCAUAAUCCAACAACAUGUGGCUAAUAAAGAAAAAUCAAAGCCGAGAUUACAGGAAAGCAGAGGUCACCAACAGUGUUCUAUUUUUUCUUUAAUAUAUAUUUUUUUUUAUUUUUGGCUUUGACUCUGAAGUAGCUGAAGGACACAUGGGAAAGUACAAAUGGCUCCUCCUUUUCUCCCCCCCCACACCCAUUUAAUUUAAAUUUUUUUUUUGGUUCUGUGGUCUUAAAU